CCUGCCCACUGAUUUGUGGCUAAGGGCACAUUGGCUUCGCGUGGCUGGGCGACAGAAACUCUGCGGCAUAGAAGGGAAUUCUGGACAGACUGUCUCUAGUUGGGUGUUAGGAGGAUAUAAACGAGUGUUUCGAUUGCUGCUUUGCAGGGUCUGUUCUCAAGAACAGUUGCGCAAAAUGCUGCCAGAUGCUGGGACAUAUCACUUUCCUUGGGAAAUAAACUCUGCAUUGAUCCCAGAAGGGAAGACCCUGAGAACCUUUGGCAGGCUACACUCCUAUGAUGCGGUCAGCUCCCAAGCCAUCUUAACAGCUCAGCACACUUCAGUUCAGCACUGUAUCCAAGUUUGUACCAAGUUUGUGGAACCAUUCCAAGCCCAGCCUGGGGCUCUGUAUAUUGUACUGGGGGAAACUGAACAUAAAGAGGGUAAUGAGAUGGUGAUAAAGGCCCGUGUGUUUACAUGUGUGGAAGGAAUAAACCUUCAGUUGCUGGAGAAGGCCAUAACGGAACAGAGAAAAUAUUUCCAGGAGAGAGAGAAGCAGCUGGAAGGAAAUGCCUCCUAGUGCUCUCUGCAUUAGGAGAGGACUUAUUACUGAACAUAAUUAGUAAUAUACUAUACUGAAUAGGGCCAGCUUACCAUUUUCCUUCACUCUAGUACCAGUUUGUAAUGCUGUCUUAAAAUUGUACUGCUUGCUAUUGCCUUAAGAGGACCCCCCC